AUGUACUUGCGAUUCGGAUUCGGUCUCUUGGUUCUCGCUCUUGCUGCCUCUGCUGAGGUUCGCGGUCGGCGUCAAUCCUCGUGCGGAUGCCAAGCUGUUGUGACGAACGAUCAGUGCCAAUGCCAGCCUAGCCAACCCUCAUGCAAAUGCCAACAAGUUCAAGCUAUCGCCACCACUGCUGCUCCAUGCGCUUGCCAGCCAGUCACCACUCCGGCUCCAGUCUCGUGCCAUACUUGCCAGACUCAAUGCGUCUCUUCGUGCAUGACCGUUCUCACCUUCCAACAAUGCCAGCCACAAUGCCAACAGACUUGUGCCCCAGUUUGCCAGUCGCCACCAACCACCACCCCAGCCUACUCCAUGCCUAUGUGCAACUGUCAGCAAACUUGCCAACCUGUCUGCCACCAACAGCCAUCUCAAUGCCAGUCUUGCCAGAACACUUGCCAAGUCGCUCUCUGCCCGCAGAUGACUGUCACCACUACAACCACCACUGCCGCUCCUAUGUGCGCCCCUACCUGCAUGAAGGCUUGCUUCAAGAUGUGCAUGGACACCCCAUCUCAAUGCUCUGCCUGUGAACAAACCUGCUGCGCCCCACCAACCACAACCACCAUGGCUCCAGUUCUCAUCAACCUCUCGUUCUCUCAAUGUGUCCCAAUCUGUCAGCAACAAUGCCAGCCAGUUUGCGCCUCGCAGCCCGCUCAAUGCCAACCUUGCCAAUCUGGAUGCCUCGCUGUCUGUCAGCCAACCACCACUCCUGCUCCAUCUUGCGCUCCUCAACAGUGCCAACAACAAUGCCAGCCUGUCUGCCAACAAGUCCCAUCUCAAUGCGGAGCCUGCCAGCAAACUUGCAUCCAACAGUGCCAGCCAACCACCACCACGACUACAACCACGCCAGCUCCUCAAAUCAUUCAAGUGAAAGUCCGCAUCGAUCAAUCCACUCAAUGCAUGCCUCAAUGCCAGAACGCUUGCCAAUCCCAGUGCCAAGCCGCCGGUCAACAGUACCAGCAAUGUCAGCCAGCCUGUGAGCAAAGCUGCACCACCACCUGCCAGCCAACCGUCACCGCUUGCAUCACUCAAACCACCCAAACCACCCAGAUCAGCUACUUGACUGCCGUUCAGCAGCAACAGCCAGCUCAACCCUCGUGCUCUUGCCAACAGGGAUACGCUCCAUGCAACUCGGGAACUCAAUGCUGCCGUCGUCGC